AUGUGUUCUUCCUUUAUCGGCCUCAUUCCCAAGAGGUACCAGGUGAGUACCUCUCCAAUCAAAUCACCCCCCAUUUGCGGUACUUCCUGGGUCUUUACCCGUUCCAGCCUCGUCCAUUCGUCCACGUGUGCCGCCCCGAAAGUGGCCGUGAUGUCAGCGGCGGAAAAGAAGAUCCGCCAGUGUGAGACGCGGCUGAAGGUGGUGAACGAGUCGCUGGCGCGUGUGAACCAGUUCCUGGACACCUACGCGGAAGAGAAGCAGAGUGAAGUUCCCCUCCGGUUGGGCAGACUGGAGAAAACGUUCGAGACGUUCGAGUCGCUGAUGGCGCAGUACGAGCAGAUGGACGACACCGACUUGUUCGAGAAGGGCUGCCUCCAACAGCGCGCGUCCGUGGAGGAGAUGUACUUCAAGUGCAAAGCCCGCUUGCUCGAGAAGUUGCCCCCUGAGGAAUCAAGACCCCCCGCGCCCAUCUCUGAAACGAGUCGCCCUGCGCUGCUGUCUGGCCUGUCGAACGUGAAGCUCCCGACAAUUACGCUCCCGGAGUUCGACGGCGACUACAGCAAGUGGCUCACGUUCCACGACACGUUCCUCUCCCUGAUCCACUCGUCGAGUGAGAUCUCGUGCGUGCAGAAGUUCCACUACCUUCGGUCGUCACUUUUUGGAGAAGCUGCUGGCAAGAUCGCGAAUUUGGAAAUCUCCGCGCAGGGCUACGCCAUCGCUUGGGAGACCCUCACCAAGUACUACAACGACAAGAAUCUCCUGCGGAAGAAGCACAUCCGUACGCUGUUGAAGUACCCCAAGAUCCCCAACGACUCCGUCGAAGCGCUGCACCGGAUUGUCGACGAUUUCCAGUGCCACACGCAGAUCUUGAAGCAGCUGGGAGAACCAAUCGAGCAGAUGAGCUCGAUUCUGAUCGAGCUGCUGGAGGACAAGUUGGACGACGCUUCGCUGAGUGCGUGGGAGGAAUCGAUCGGCCAGAAGGAGGAGCGGUCAACUUUCAGCGCGAUGAUCGAGUUCCUGCAGAGGCGCGCACGCGUUCGGGAGACGAUCCAGAUCAACCGCCCGCAGCAGGUCGCGCCGAAGUCUGGAAGCCACAACUCCGCGCCCAAGAAGCCGUUCCAAACCCGCGUCUGCUUGAACGCCGCCGUAGAAUCCCCGCCCAAAACUUUCCCGUUGUGUCCCGCCUGCGACAAACAGAAGCACUCGAUCAUGGACUGCGCUGCGUUCAACAGCAUGAACGUUUCGGAGCGCUUGAGAGUGGUCACGGACAAGAGGCUAUGCAGCAACUGCUUCCGAAGCGACCACUUUGCGCGAAACUGUCGCUCGAAGUACCACUGCAAGCAAUGCAACAAGCGCCACCACUCGAUGAUCCAUCCCGGCCCUGGAUCGCAGGACACAAACCCCGUCGUAGCCACCCCCGCACUGAACCCCGCUCCCGUGAACGCCGCAACAAAGUCGAGCAGCGCCAGCGUGCUGCUGUCGACCGUGGUGCUCGCUGUUUUGGACAGCUACGGCAAAGAACACCUCGCCCGUGCCCUGCUGGAUACCGGAUCCCAGCCUAACGUGAUGAGCGAACACCUGUGCCAGCAACUUCACCUGUUCCGCAAAGUUGCCAACGUCCCCAUCUCUGGUGUUGACAGCACGAUCACGAACGCCAAGCACAAGGUCAGCACCGAGGUCAGAUCCCGUGUCAGCCGUUUCGCGGAGACUCUUGACUUCCUCGUGCUCCGCAAGGUGACCUGUGAGACGCCGCCCGUUACCAUCCCGAUCGCCCAGUGGAAGAUUCCGGAGCACCUGGCACUUGCUGAUCCGGAGUUCAACGUGUCGCGCAAGGUCGACAUGAUCAUCGGAGCUGCUCACUUCUACUCGUUCCUGCUCGAAGGCCGGAUCCGUCUGGCUGGCCCCGUCCCCCUGCUUGUCGAGUCCGUGUUUGGAUGGAUUGCGACGGGCUCAGUUGAGGUCAGCGACGAAGCGGAGCAGCAACCUACGGUGUCCUGUCAUGUGGCGACAGUGGAAUCCGUGGACAAGAUGCUCGAGCGAUUCUGGGCACUCGAGGAGGUCGGCGGUUCCAACUACUCGGUCAACGAACACAAAUGCGAAGCCCACUUCAAGGAGACGGUUGCGCGCGACGAGAGUGGACGGUACGUGGUCAAGCUGCCGAAGCACCCCGAGUUCCAGCAGAUGAUCGGCGCGUCGAAAACGAACGCUGUUCGCAGAUUCCGGUGGCUGGAGCAGAAGCUGGAAAAACAACCCGAGCUCAAGCCGCAGUACCACGAGUUUAUGCAAGAGUACCUGACCCUGGGCCACAUGCACGCUGUUCCCGACGACGCCGAAGACGAAAGUUCCCGCGCGUGCUAUUUGCCCCACCAUCCCGUGAUCAAGGAACAGAGUUCGACGACUAAAGUGCGCGUUGUGUUCGACGGUUCCGCCAAGACCAGCGCGGGACACUCCCUCAACGAUGCGCUUCUAGUCGGACCCGUGGUGCAGGACGAGCUCCUGGACACUGUGCUGCGCUUCCGGAAGUUCCCCAUCGCCCUAGUAGCCGACAUCGAGAAAAUGUACCGCCAGGUGGCGGUGCACCCUGAAGACCGUCCGUACCAGCGGAUCGUUUGGAGGUUCGAUCCGGAGCAACCCAUCACCACGUACGAGCUGGCCACGGUGACGUACGGUUUGGCACCAUCGUCCUUCUUGGCCACGAGAACUUUGCUUCAGCUGGCAGACGACGAAGGCGCGCAGUUCCCCCAGGCCAGCGCGGCCAUCAAGAAGCACAUGUACGUGGACGACUUCAUCGGCGGCGCGCAAACCGUAGACGACGCGAUCCUGCUGCGCUCCGAUCUCUGCAAGCUGCUGCUGAAGGGAGGAUUCCAGCUGCGUAAGUGGUGCUCCAACUCGCUCGCCGUCCUGGCGGACAUUCCCAGCGAGCUCCUUGGAACGCAGUCGUCGUUGCAGUUCGACCCCGAAGAGACGAUCAAAACCCUUGGCAUCAGCUGGGAGCCCGAAGCUGACGUGUUCCGGUUCGUUGUCUCGGUCGUCUGGGACCUGUCCCCCACCAAGCGCAACAUCCUCUCCGUAAUCGCCCAGCUGUACGACCCCCUCGGUCUGAUCGCUCCCGUCGUCGUACUCGCCAAGAUAGUCCUGCAGGAGCUGUGGUACUUGGCACUGGAGUGGGACGCGUUGGUCCCCCCGGAGUUGCGCACAAGAUGGUUCGACUUUUGCGAAGGGCUUUCGCACCUGACCAACUUCCGCAUCGACCGCUACGCCUUCGCCCGCAAAUGCUGCUACGCCGAGCUCCAUUUCUUCUCGGAUGCGUCCGAGGUGGCCUACGGAGCAGUCGCCUACGUGCGCUCGGAGUCGCCGGACGGCAAGAUCAAGGUGAGCUUGCUGACAUCGAAGUCGAAGGUGGCCCCCCUCAAGAAGCGAAGCAUACCCCGCCUGGAACUUUGCGCAUUCUUUCUCGCCGCGCAAAUGUACGUGAGAGUCGUCGAAGCCCUGGACGUGAAGUUUCAAGACGUGUACUUCUGGACCGACUCGGAGGUGGUUCUGCAGUGGCUGAAGUCGGCGCCCCGAAGGUGGAAACCCUUCGUCGCGAAUCGCAUCUCGGAGAUCCAGAUCAUCACCCACGGUGCAAAGUGCCUGCACGUCGCCGGCUUGGAGAAUCCUGCGGAUCUGGUGUCCCGUGGAAUGCCGGCGGAGAAGCUCGUCAACAGCCCCAAGUGGAAGUUCGGAGCGUCCUGGUUGGGCAAGCACAAACCGCUGUGGCCCCCGCAGCGCGACCUCAAAGGUGCGCUCCCCAUCGAAGAGCAGAAGGAGAAACCCAUUCUGGUUGUACAAACCGCCCCGCCCAACCGUGUCUUCACCAUCUUCUUCUCGUACCGACGCAUGCUGAACGCAGUGGGACUCGCCUUGCGUUUUGCGUCCAACUUUCGCAAGCCCGGCAAGCGGAACACGGACCGAGUUCUGUCGGUCGUCGAGCUGGAAGCCGCCAAGGUCGCACUCGUCAAGAUCGUCCAAGCCGAGACGUUCCCGGAGGAGCUCAAGCUGCUGCGGAAAGGCCGACCUAUCGCACCAAAAUCCCCUCUGCGCCUGCUCAACCCAUUCUUGGAUCAAGCUGGUGUGAUACGCGUUGGUGGCCGGUUGUGCCUUUCCGACGAGCCGUACGCAGUGAAGCACCCGAUGGUCAUCCCUGGCUUCCACCCAUUCACGCGGCUGAUGCUGACGUUCUACCACUUGAAGGUGAUCCACGGUGGCAUCACAAUGACCCUCGCCAGCGUCCGAGAUGAGUUCUGGCCGUUGAACGGCCGCCGCGCGGUGCGCAACGCGAUCCGCCGCUGUUACAGAUGCUGUCGAGCGAACCCCCAACCAGCUGCCCGUCGCCAGAGUCACCGCCAACGAAGCUUUCACCUGCACCGGCGUCGAUUUCUGCGGUGCUACGUCGCCGUCUUCAUCUGCCUGAGCACGAAGGCCGUCCACCUGGAGCUUGUCAACGAUCUGUCCACGGCAGCGUUCCUGAUGGCUUUGACCCGGUUCACCUGGAGAAGAAGCAAGCCGAGUCACAUCUAUUCCGACAACGGGACCAACUUCAUCGGAGCCAAGAACGUGCUUCACCAGCUGUACCAGAUGCUGCAGCCGGGACCCGAAAGCGACAAGAUCGCCAAGCACCUGGCGGACGACGGCAUCCAGUGGCACCUGAUCCCCCCACGCGCUCCCAACUUCGGCGGUCUCUGGGAGGCUGCUGUGAAGGUGGCCAAGAAGCAUCUCGUCCGGCAGCUCGGAAACUCACUGCUGUCCUUCGAGGAGCUGACCACGGUGCUCACUGCGAUCGAAGGCUGCAUGAACUCCCGCCCCCUUACCCGACUGUCGGAGGAUCCCAACGAUCUGUCCGCGCUCACCCCGGCUCACUUCUUGGUGAAGAAUAUGAUCCGCCCGCUUCCCGAGCCGGACGUGCGCGACGUACCGCUGAACCGUCUGAACCAGUACCAGCGCAUCCAGGCCUACUCCCAGCGUUUUUGGCACCGCUGGCGGAACGAGUACCUGAAGGAGCUCCAGACGCAGUUCAGCAACAAUCCCCGGCGCUACAAUCUGGAUGUCGGCUCUGUGGUCAUCAUCAAAGACGAACUGCUUCCACCUGCCCGCUGGCCGCUGGCCCGCGUCCUGGAAGUGCAUCCCGGACCCGAUGGUGUCACCCGUGUAGCCACUCUGCGAACCGCCGGAGGAAUCCUGAAGCGAGCCGUUUCGAAAAUCUGCCCCCUGGAGUGUGCAGACGAAGCCGAGGAUGAAAAGUGA